AUGGAAUGUGCAAUAAAAAGUUUUAAUGGAGGAAUUAUAUUUGUUAGUUAUAUCAUUUCAGUUAUUGGCGCACAAACAACAUUAGAAUUAUUAUCAAGAAGAACUCAUAUUAAAGGCAUUUACAAUUGGUUUUUAUUAAUGUCAUCGGCUUUUACUAUGGGAGCAGUUGGUGUCUGGUCAAUGCAUUUUAUUGGAAAUAAUAGUAUGACAUUAAUCAUUAAAGGGGAAACAUACCAAUUGGCUUAUCGUACUGGUUAUACAUUUGGUAGUCUUGCUGUUGCCGUUGUUUGUAUGUUUUUAGCUUUUACUUUUGUUGGUGUCACUGAAGAAGCUAAAAUCUCUAGAAUUAUUCCAAGUGGUAUAUUUGCGGGUUUAGGAAUUGUUUGUAUGCAUUAUAUGGGCCAGUUUGCUAUCAAUUAUUUUGUAUUGACUUAUAAAACAGCUUAUGUUAUUGGUGCUGUCAUUAUUGCUUGUGCAGCUGUUAGUUUAGCUUUAUGUAUCUUUUUCAAGUUACGUGAGAAAUGGACUAAUUUAUGGUAUAAACGUCUUGGAUGUUCCAUGCUAAUGGCUAUUGCCGUUUGUGGUAUGCAUUAUGUGGCCCUGAUCGGCACAGAUUUUUAUCUCCCAACUUAUCCUAGUAUGAUUCCUGUCCCAAAGUUACAAGCACCUGCCUUAAUUGGUAUAAUCACGGCUAUCAUCAUUGCUGCUUGUCUUGCUUUAUUUUAUAUUAGCGUGAUAACGGGAAUUAAGAAAUUCCCAUUAUAUAUUAAGAAUACACAGAGUCGAUUUAUUUUGAACGCAGUCAUAUUCGAUCCCAAGGGUCGUAUACUUGUUAAAGUGGAUGGUACUUUACCAACGUCAGAAAUACUUGAAAGUUUGGACAUAAAAAGGGAAUUCACUUCAAGUCAUCCAUUAUUCAUUCAUUUAUUUGAAACAUCAAUUAAAAAUGCAUCACAACGAUUUGAUAGUAAAUACAUAAAGAGGUUUUCAAAUGUAUCAAAUACGUCUACUGUUGAAGUUUUCAAUACUGUUGAAUCUCAAUUUUUGAAUAGUUGUAGUGAAUUAUGUCAAGAACUUAGGUUAGAUAAUUUAACUGAUUUAGGUAUCCUGAGUGAUAUUGUUGUCUCGACUGAUACCAUUUAUAAAUUCUCUUCUUUAUUUAACACUACUACUAUACAAAAACACCAAAGAUUUACUUUCCUUAGAAACUUGUUUACCUCCAGCAGAUUCUCCUCCGACAAAAUAAGUACGAAUGAUUGUGCUAAACUAAAUGUACAAUCACAUGUACUACAUCACUCUGCUAAAGAAAAAGAAGCAUCAAAUGGAAAGAAAAAAUAUUUUAUUAACAAGAAAUACACAAGAGGAAGAGCAGUAGAUGAUGAAGAAGCAGUAGAAGCAGCAGCAGCAGCAGCAGCAGCAGCAGCAGCUGUUAGUAAUAACAGUCAUUCACAAUGCAGCCCACCCAUUCCAAGUGGAACAACUACGAUUAUGAUGAUGGAUAUGAUCAGCGGCUGUCGUUCCUCAAUUUCAUCAGAUACCUAUUAUAGCUUAUGUCACAAUCUUCGUCAAUCUUCUAUUUUUGAAAAUCUGAAUCAUAGUGAAGAUAAGCAUAUCUUUUAUGUCUCUAAACUCUUUCAAGAAAAGGAUGUCACAGCUCUUUUAUCUCAUGGUUUUCGAUUUUCUGAUCCUAUCUUUAUCGCCAAGACAAUGGCAGCCAAGUUAUCUAUUCCUGUCGAUCAUAUGAGGCUUUAUUUUAAUGAUAUGCAGCAAAUGAUUGAUUCUGUCUAUGCUCUUACACAACAACAUAAUCAGAGUUUACCCUCAUCCGCCACCUUAUUCAAUGCCUCUAUACAAAGUUCUGUACAAGUGGGUGCAUUUGUGCUUGUAAAUGAAAUGAUGGUAACAGAGUCUACUGAGAUGCAUAUCUUGGUAGACAAGUCAAAACAGUUUAGCUUACCUCUAGUCCAAUUGACCUUUGACAAUUCUUUGUCACCAACACAACUUGAGCCUGAUGAAAUCCAUUUUCUGCAUUCUCUUCAGGGGUCCUCUCUCUUUGAUAUUGCGUAUCAUAUGCCUAAACUCCUUGAUCAGUUUAAAGACAACUUCACAACAGAAGAGGCUCCAUUAUUCUCUGGAGGAUUACCCAGGUCUCAAUUCUUGAAGGCGCUUGAACAUGCUGCUCAACACAUUUUAAAUGAAACCUCUUUUAGUAAAGUGCUCUAUCAGGGUUCUAAAUUACAUAGUCCCGUUUUGGACUUGACCCCCUUUACCUUAACUACGGGGCCCUGCCAACUCAUUGUAUUUAAAUCCUAUGUCAGUACCCAGGAUAUCAUGGCUACCAUCAAUCAUACCUUCUCUGAAUCUCUUAAAUGUAUCCCCUUAUCAAUCUACAAGGCCCUUUCUGGUUAUUUAACUGAUCAAGCUGCCAAUAUCUAUUAUCAAGCGAAUCUCAAAACCCUUUCACCACCUGUUUAUCUUCUUCGACAACAGCAAAUAUAUCGCCAUGAUAACAAUCAAAAAGACACUUCUUCCUCUUCUUCUCCUGCUACUACUACUGUUACUGCUACUGCUACUGCUGAUGCUGAUGUUGAUGCCGAUGCUGCUGAUGCCGAUGCCGAUGCUGCUGAUGCCGAUGCCGAUGCUGAUGCUGCUGAUACUGCUGUUGCUGUCAUCCCCAUGGUAAUGGAAGAAGCUGCUGCUGCUACCGUUGCUGCUUCGUUUUCAUUACCUCCACCUCCAAGGGUGAAGAGGGACUACCACCGUCGUCUAGCAAUUAAUACGUUAACAACAGAUAUCUUGUUCUCUACACCACUUCAAAGUGGAACUACAACCGUCAUCCCUAUGAAAAAAAGAACGGUAAACUUGUUAAGAGAGUCACCAUUAACGGUGUUACCUACACAAGAUCGAUUUUGGUGGAUUAAUUCUAUUGUAGAUGAAACAAUCCAUAGCAACAUGAUGUAA